GAAACGAUAUAUUGUCCAGUCUUGGUUACUGUCAUGUUUACUAUUUUUCUAUAAGUCUCGCAGUGAUGUGGUUUUGUGGUUUGGACUGCAACCAUUGGUAGAAAUACAAGACUUGCAUUAAAACGUGGUGGCGCGUUUCACUUUCGUUUAUUAAAAGAAGUCGAAUGUUUGACUAGAAACUCAGUCGACACGUUGACGGGGGAGGGGCCUGUCAGUGAAGGUGGACUACAGUAUAAAAGAGAGAGAAGAGCAGAAACGCGAUCAGAGUUUUGUUACGAAAAAGCAGAAACGCGCAGACCUCAAAGUGAACCGACUGUUUAAUAAUAAGCAGCGUAGCGCAUUUACGUCACCCUCGGAUUUACGCACAGUUUUUGGAGGGAUUUAAUGAUCUUUAAACGCUCAACGGUGUCCAUGCACAAAAAAUACGGAUGGUAGUGCAGUGGGCAGAGAUGGGAGAGGGUCUGGGUGGAGGAUGGUAGCCAACAGCACCCUGGAAGGUCUUCAUGACUGCACACACUCGCUCUCAUCGUCCUCUGCCUCGUCCUCUUCAUCCUCCUCUGGGUCCUCUUUGUCCUCAUCAUCAUCCCUGUGCUCCUCUUCGUCCUCUUCGUCGGUGAGCCCACUCAGUUGGGAGGAUCUUCAGAGAGUCCCUCCUCCUGCUCCGGUGCACAGAUCUGUCCCCUGUGUUUACCUCACACAUUUCCCAGUCUUCUCCUGUAAAGAAGACUGUGACAUCAUCACGGACACGGCCUCUAAGCUGGAGCGCAGUGGGUUCUACUGGGGUCCUCUGGGUGUGGAAGAGGCUCAUCGUCUGCUCAAAGAGGCUCCUCUGGGCAGUUUCCUGAUCCGAGACAGCCGUCAGAAGGACGUGUUCUUCACUUUGUCCUACCACUCCAAGAGCGGCCCGGUCAGUGUCCGCAUUGAGUUCAAGAAGCAGCGAUUCUCUUUGGCUGGAAACGAGCGCUCCUUCCCUUCACUCUUUGCUCUGUUAGAACAUUACAUCAGCUCACCCAAGAAGAGCCUAAGUGUGCCCUACAGGAAAUGGGAGCCCACUCUGCAGGAGCUGUGCAGAAAGAGAGUGUUGGAGCUGAGCGGGGACUUAGGUCACAUAUCAGAGUUGCCCAUCACCAGAGUGGUCAAAGACUUCAUACAAGAAUUUCCCUACAAGUUAUGAGUGUGCUCUGCUCUGUUCUGUGCGCACCUGCCCUGACUGCUCUGUCACAGAGACACUGGGCUCCUGUUUGGGAGCUCAAACCCAGUCAGAUAUUUCAUGAACAUUACAGGACUAUCCUCAACAGUUCAGUGAAAAUGACCUUUAGUCUAUUUAUACGCUGGAAAAAGAAUACUCAUAUGUCAAAUAGUGCUGCUGUGUUAAAACAAAACCACAGGGAGAGAGUAAAAGCGCACACAGCUCUGGGCCUACGGGCUUCUCUGGGAAAUGUAGCACCUGAGCUUCUACCACUGGAGGCGCUCUUACGUUUACACAGGACACUUGGAGGAAUACAAGCCUGGUGGAGAGUACGGUUAAAACCAAACAUGUGUAGCACAAACUAUUUAAAACUCUAAUGUGAAAGUUUACAUUCUGAAUGUAUACUCGCACUGGCUCACAUACCAUCAUUGCUAUCUGAUGUCAUUGGUCAAGAAGAUGGUGUAAGAAACAGUGUGCUCUGUACUGUAUCAUCCAAAUUAUGAUCUAUUUUUUUAAGUUUUAUUUACUAAUAUUAUUAAAUUAAAUGUUCUAACUUGAAA